GUACCUGUAUUAUCUGAGUGAAAACAGCCCCACCUACGCCAACACCUCUCUUGGAUUGUCUUGCCACUAUCACACCAUUCUUAUAUACAUUACGCAGUCGAAUCAUGUCUCUUGCCCUUCCUAGCCGCCCCUCCUUCACGCCUAAAGCUAGUCAGGCUCUUGAACGAGAAGCGCUCGACGAAGAAGACGAUGUCGAUGACUCUGAUCUUCUUGACAUCUCCCAUUCGAGAAAAAGAUUAGUGGAUGUGGAUGUGGAUCCGGAUUUGGAGGGGGAGAAGGAUGAUGACGAUGAUGAAGGAAAUGAUGUCGGUGUUGGUAUCGGAAUAGGUACACUAGGAGUGAAUUUGGCCGGUGCAGUGGGAAAAGGAAAGGGAAAAAAGAGAGAUGCAGACGAUGAAAUUGAAAAAAAGGGCAAGAAGAGAAGAGCCGAGACAUUCCUAUUGAGGGGUCAAAUGGAUGAGGAGCAGGCCAGAAGGUUUGAUACUUUCAGCACUGUAGCCAUCAACAAGAAUGCCAUUAAAAGGUUAAAUCGUGACCUGUUUGACCAACAUUGUCCACCCCAGCUAUCUCAAGUUGUAGCUGGUAUGGCCAAGGUAUUUGUUGCAGACGUUAUAGAAAUGGCCAAGGAUCUCCAGCCCCAUUCCGCCCAUCCCACAGGGCCUCUUCAACCUUAUCACCUCAAACUGGCCAGGAUGUGUUUAGAAGAACAGGGCAUGGUAGGUAGCCGUACUCAAGGCUCUGCGAGUGGAUUGAGAAAGGGAAAGGCGUUAUUCAGGAGGAGAUGAGAUGAGCAUCAUUCGCUGUAAUGGGGCGACUCCUGUAUCGCAUGUUGUAUCAUUAAGCACCGCUGUAUGAUAGCUAUGUAAAUACCCAUGCCUGGAAUCU